CUAGCUACUAGACUACUAGUGGCCGAUUCCUCCAAAAAUAAUAUUCAAAUUGGUUAAAUUAAUGUUGAAUGAUACUUUAAACUGCACAUUUAUGCAAAAUUGUUGAACUUUAAACCUGGAAAGCAACGAGUUAGACCAAGACUGACAAGGUUCAUUAUAUAUGACUGUUCAAGCCCACCAGGUUACUGGUGCUGUGAGUAGAAUAAAUGUUGAAUUUAUUAAUGAUUUAUUCUGUAAUUAAAUACAUAAUUAGAAGACUCAAACCAGUUAAUUGCUCUUUCUUGUUAUUAAAUUGUAACAAAAUAAGGAAACAAUGACCAAUGAACUGCUGCAGCCGCAACUCAAACAUGCUGCCAACAAAAGUCUAGCAGAGUUCUUAAAAGUUCUAGACCAGCAGGGUUCAGCUCGGUGUGAAGUGUGCAACUUAGACCUGAAAACAAAGAAGCUUCUUAAAGACCACUUUGAAAAAACACACUGGCCUGAGGCUCUGUCAGUGGCAGGAUUGUACUUUGUAACCUGUGGUUGCAAGCCUUCAAUAAAUGUUCAGGACCAAGCACCUCAUUUGCACUGCACCUUCUGUAAGCAGAAGAACUGGUCUAUAUUGUCAUCAAAUCAACUGGCAGUUCACCUAGGGGAUGUUCAUUCAGUGUCUCCAUGUUCCAUGAGUGUUCAGGACAAGCCUCUGUGCCAACAGUUGACCUCCAAUGAGGAUUUGUUGAAUAGCAAACUUACGUCACUCCUGCGCUCCAAGUGUACAUUCCCUCAUGAAGGAAUUAGUGCGCCUCUUAACUCUAGUGUCAACGGAUAUACUGUGUUCAGAGCCCCAAGCAGCACACGAACAACUAAUGCUAUGGAGAUUCCUAUUGACGUGACACAAAGGAAGCGCAGUAGGACAUACCAGUACGGUCCAUUAUCAAAGCAGCGCAAGCUUUCCCAUGGUGAUGAUAGUUCACCACCAAAGACGUCAAGCCCUGUGGUGUUAAACAACCAGAAAAUUGGAACACACAUUUUCAAUUCAUCAAAUCCUGGUCCUUCUAAUAUCCAUGUUGCUAACAGUAAAAUCCUAGCCAAAAGAAUUGACAACUCAGAUUCUCUGAAAGAAACAACAAAUACUUUGCACACUGUGGACAAUGAGAUCCCAAAUGAAGAUAUUGGACCAGCAAACACUAACACCUCAGCUCCCUCUAUGGGGCUGUACAUAGAACAGCAGCUGCAUCAGAAGCCGUCAAGCUCCGAGCCUGUGCUGCAGGAAGUGAAGAAACUCAGUCUGCACGAGCAGCGGCUGCUGGAGCUGUACAGGGCAAGACUCAGCGUGCAGAAGAGCAAAGAACAUCUCCUGCAUGAGUCCCAGCAGCAGGAGAGUCAUGAUGUUCUCCCAGCAUCAGAAGAUGCUGCCACAGAUGAGACAUCACCCUUGCAAAUAAUGCAGAGGCACUCACAAUCCUCUGGCUCCGGGAGUGUAAAUGUGACCGUGUACGUGAGUGGCCGGCGCACCAGCAUCGGAUGCAUCACGCAGAAGUAUGCAGCCAUCAUCGCACGCAACAUCAUGGUCAGCUAUUUCAGCCGGCACCCAGUUCGUGAUGCCAAGUUAAAGAUGACGCCCGUGGUGGCACUGAAAUUCCUCACGCCAGAACAAUGCAAGAAAAUCAUUCAGAAGAGCCGGCAAAAAGUUCUGCAUCCUGUUGUCGUGGUGUCCGAUGAUGAAAUUGAAAUUCUUGAUCCACCAGAGAAAAGUCAACCUCCACGUGUAGUGUUGAAGCCUAGAGGCGUUAUAAACACUCCUGCAGAUCUUAACCCGUAUCUUGGGCAGCAGAAACGUGCACUUGGCAGCACCCUGCCAUCAGGGUCAAAUGUUGCUAUUCCAGGUCCUUAUUCUAAAACUGUGAAGCCUAUUUCUGAGAAUUUGAAAUCCUCUGAGACAAUAAAAACCUCUUCUGAGUCCCUGAACCCUUCUUCUGAGACCAUGAACCCUUCUUCUGAGACCCUGAACCCUUCUUCUGAGAUCCUGAGCCCUUCUGCGACCCUGAAUCCUACUUCUGAGACCCUGAACCCUUCUUCUGAGACCCUGAGCCCUUCUGUGACCCUGAAUCCUACUUCUGCGACCCCGAAUCCUACUUCUGAGACUCUGAACCCUUCUUCUGAGACCCUGAACCCUUCACAGACUCUGAACCCUUCUUCUGAGACCCUAAAGCCUUCUUCUGAGACCCUGAACCCUCCAUCUGAGACCCUGAACCCGUCUCCUAAGGGUCCAAAAGCUCCCUCGUUCAGGCUUAAACCCCUCAGCUCCCUGAUCGACCCCUCAAUCAAUCUCGAGGCCCCAGUCCCCGCUCCGCCCAUCAACAUUGACGACGACUCGCCUGUUGAGGUCCCAAGUGCAGCAGACAGUGCUGACGCUCUACUACGCGACCUGCUGAUAUCAGCAGGCUCUUAUCAGCAGCCCCUGAGAGCUUAUCAGGCGCCCCGGGACCCGUCCCAGCUGCAGGGCCUGUUGCAGCAGCCGGGACCCUCCCAGGGCCCCGUCUCAAGGCGCCCCCGGCCCCGUCUCUUUGGCCCCCUGCGGCUUGCCAACACUCGGCCUACCACCGUCAACUGGGUUAAACCGCCAACCACCAGCACCCGUACCACCACCACAACCACCACCAGCAGCAGCGCCAUUAGCCGCUCCCCCGCCAGCCGGUCCCCCUUCAGCCACUGGGGGGCAAGCAGCACCUCCGGGGGCGGUGGUCAAGCACAGAAGAAGAGUCUGAAGAAGGCCGCACACUUGGAUGAUUCGGAGCCUCGUCUUUCCUGUCCUUGA